AGUCAUAGGUAACUACUUACUGCAAGACAAUCCAUUGAAAAGACAGCUGAGCUCUUCUGAUGAGUUGGAGCAGGACAAAAACAAAGAGGUGGCAAAUUCAUCCAAGAGACACCAACAGUCAUGUAGAGUCAGGGGUGAAAAUGUUGAACAGACCCAGACUCAGAGCAAAACUAUCAGUCCUCAGCGAGUGUUCAAGGUGGUAUUUCUGGGUAACUCAGGGGUGGGUAAGAGCUCCUUCAUCCAGCACUACUGCACAGGAAGCUUCCACAGUAAAAUGAGCACUACGGUCGGUAUAGACUUUCAGAUGAAGACUUUAACUGUGGGCUCCACCACCAUCACCCUGCAGCUCUGGGACACUGCAGGACAAGAGAGGUUUCGCAGCAUCACUGAACAAUACUACCGAAAGGCUGAUGGCAUCUUGGCCAUGUAUGACAUAACUCAGUCUGCCACCUUCACAGCAGUGAGAGGAUGGAUGGACUCCGUUAAGGAGAAGAUGUGUGAAGGUGCCGUACUGAUGCUGCUGGGGAACAAGCAGGACUUAACAGAGAGUCACAGCAGGCAAGUGUCAACAGGAGCUGGGCGGAGGCUGGCCGAGCAGCACCAGGCUUUGUUUUACGAGUGCAGUGCCAAGACUGGAUGUAAUAUGGAGGAGCUGAUGACUCAUCUGGCUGGGAUGUUGAUUACCCAGCAUGAUCGACAAUGUGUAGAUGCACUUUUACUGACUGAGGAUGCGACUCAAAGAACUUGCUGUACAUAAACAGGAGGUGACAACCUUUUGGAACACUAAAACCUGUCAUGAGUCCCGGCUAUGGUUCAGUGGAGCGAUGUCGUAUCCUGUGCCAAUUGCUCACUGUAACCGAACACAAACAGUGGAAUUUUUCUGGGAACAAGUUUACUGAAUUUUACAUGUAACGUUUACUGAUGUUGUUAUGUAUGUUUAUGUUACAUCUAAUAAAAGAUAUUUUU